GGUCUUAUUACAUCAUAGAAAACUUCGAACCUUGCCUUCGCGUGGGCCCAUGAUGCAUCUAGUGGGCUAACAACCGUUGGAUUUCUUCUAUCAAAACAAGAUUUCUCCUCUGUUUGUUUAUUGAAAAUAAAAUCUAUUUAUAAAGCUUCCAAGGUUCAUUCCUCUAGCCAGCAUUGCUUCCUCCCCAACAAAUAUCUUUUAUCCUAAUCCUGUAAUACACUACCGCCACCAGCGCCGCCGUGCACGGAGGCUCAGCUACUUUGCAUGUCGACACCAACUUCAAUCCCAUUAAUAACUCUCAGGGAAGAAGAUCAUGACAUGGAGGAGAAACCAACCUUUCCACCUAUUGGACUUGCACCGAAGCCUCCACAAACUGUACAACCACCGGCUCCUGCGGUGGAGCUGCCUCCGAGGAGAUCAUCUACUAAGGACCGCCACACAAAAGUCGAGGGGCGAGGGCGGAGAAUCCGAAUGUCAGCCACCUGUGCCGCCAGAGUCUUCCAGUUAACCCGAGAACUCGGUCACAAGUCCGAUGGCGAAACCAUUAGGUGGCUCUUAGAACAAGCUGAACCCUCCAUCAUCGCCGCAACCGGCACCGGUACCAUCCCCGCCAUUGCCAUGUCAGUCAACGGUGCCUUAAAAAUCCCCACUACCUCCUCCACCGCCGCCACGGUUGCCAAGGACGAUGGUGGCCAGACAGACCGGAAACGCAAACGCCCCACUAACAGCGAAUUUGUGGAUGUAAAGACUCUCAGCAACAAAAUUUCUGACACUAAUAAUAGUCUCACAACGGCAAAUCCUGCAAUUAUUUCAACGAACUCUACAAUAUCUGCUCCACUACUGUCGACGGUACCAACUCCGGCCCACGCACUGGUGCCGAUGAUCACUAUGUGGGCUAUUCCGGCGGCACCACCAAAUGCAAAUGCAAAUGCAUCACCAACUUUUCUUAUUAUUCCACAGGCAGCACAAAAUGGGCAUCCAUUAGUGAAUAUUUCCGCGGCUGCAGGGCCUAUAUCUACAGUUUUCGCCGCCGUGCAACCUGGUGGCGCUAGCAUAGCACGGCCACCUCCGGCCACCGAAGUCAAUCUUCAGAGUUUGCCGAGUUCAAGUCCUGCAGGUUGCACUACUGUGAUUGAGAAAUCACAACAAAGACUCAGAUGCUGAGGGACUUCAUAUGUGGCUUUUUCUUGUUUUUGUUACUUCAGAAAGUAAAUCCAAUUGAAUCAUGCUUUGGAUUUCUUGUAGAUUAUUUAAGUACUUAAAUCAGAUCAUUUGAUUUAAUCUUUA